AAACGAAGUACUUCAUAUACAAACCAAAACCAACAAGUAGACUUAUAGGAGUCCCAUCUACUUUCAAUCUUUUUCUCAUCAAUUCAAAACGCCAUGAAAGCUCUGAAAUUAGUAGACAACAAUCAUUUCCUAAGGUAUGGUGGAAAGGAGCAUAUAUUAGUACUGAAAUUGAAUUGCCUUCAUUCUCCCCAUGUGAAAGAACAGGAUUGGAAAAUCAUAGAAAGUGUAGGAAUUGGGAGUCAAUACAAACAUGAAUCCUUAGAAAUCUUUGAUCAUGUCAUUGAAGGUGAAGAUUUUAAGAAAUUAGCUUUAGAUCUUCUUCAAUCACGUUUGUUGAUCAAUCGUGAAGGUUAUUGCUAUCUGGAAUCUGAAAUUGUUCCUUCUUCUUCACCAAACACUUCCAGUUUUGAUACUAUUCAAUACUAUCGGAUCAAUGAUCUUUUUGGCUGGUCAAAAUACAAGGUGACGCCUAAGAUCACGAUGAUUUGGAACCGUCGUGAAAUAAAAGGAGGGCAAAUAAUAAUCAAUUACGAAAAGAAGAACAAAACGUCACCGGCAUUGCUUGAUCAAAUAAGUGACCUACAGCAAAAGGUUGAUACGUUAAUCAAAAUUAAUAAAAAUAAUAAUAGUCAAUCUUCUACUUCGUUGACUUUACAACCUCAAACAUUGACUUCAACAACAACAACUCCAACGACAACAACUCCAAUUACGACAACAACCCAACAAACACCUUCUGUACCCCUCUCUAUAAAAGGACCAUACACAUUCGAGAUAGAAGAUUUAUACGAUAGAAUAAUUCGAUAUUGUAGGAAGCCAGACCCAGAUCAGUUCGUCUUUGAAAUUGAAUCAUAUGAGGAACUCAAAAAAUCUCUUAAAGAAGCUAAGUGCGCCGAAUUGGAAACCCCGAAUUUCCACGCAGCAAACUUAGACUGGACGUUGUGUAUAUAUCUUGAAGGCAACCAUAAAGAUGACGGUGAUGGUUAUUUAUCUUUGUAUUUGAAGAGGCACAGUGAUCGAUAUAAUGUAGCUGUCAACAUUAAGUUGCUAAUGCGAUUUUUCGUAUAUAAUUUUGAUCACAAGGAGUACGUUACCAUCCAAGAAUUGGCAGUCAAGAAAUUUGAUGAUGUAAAAGAUUCGAAAAAGGGAAUCGCAAAGGCCCUAAAGAUAAAAGAUUUGGAAGAUGUGGUUAACAAUGGACUUAUAAGGGAUGGUAAGUGCAGAUUUGGGGUUGAGAUUUUCAGUCUGCAUUCUCAUCCUUCAGUGGCUAAGUCUAUGAUGAUCCAAAAUUUCGAUAGUUGUUCGGGUAUCUGCCACUUCAAUGGCUAUUCAACACUCCCAAAAGAUGUUCCUUCCUAUUCUGAUGAGGUCUUCAAAACUUCCUAUUAUAUUACUGACCAGUCCCGCAAGUAUGAUUACACAUGGAAGGUGGAACUUUAUCCAGAUGGGAAAGGAAGAGAACGAAAUAAGAGUGUUUCUGUGUUUUUGGAAUUGGUUAACAAACAGGAUCUUUCUAGCGGACGGUUGUUUGUUAAUUAUGAAAUCCGGUUGAAACAUAAAGACAAUGGAAAAUAUCACGUUAAGAAAGGAUAUGCUUGGUUUACAUAUGAGCAGUACAACAAUGGUUUUGAAAAUUUCAUCUCACUCAGUGAUUUCCAAUCCGACAAUUCCACGAACUACGUAAUAAAAGAUACCGUCACAAUUGAAGUCUAUUUCAAUAAAUUCUUUGAAUUGAAGAAAGAGUUAUGAGCCGAUCAAUUUGGAGUUCAUUAAGAUGUUUAAUAUUUUGAAGAAUCAAUUUUUGUCUUAACUGUAGAAUAAAUAUUAUUUUUCAGAAAAUGUUUUAUAUUCGAUUGUCACAUAAAACACUCUUAUCUUUCAUUGGCUUAUAUGCAAUAUCUCAUAAACAUUUAUACCAUACAUUUCACUUGCUAUUUGUUUGUUUGAUAAAAUUACCAUCAUUACUUUAUGAUUAAACUGUUAGGGAAUCAACUCAACUAGAAAUUUAAGCUGAUGGUUGAGACCCAAUGAUAUGUGAUUUACUAUAAGUUAGGGGUAUUUGAAUCAAAGUUAACUCUCCUAUCAAACUUCUCUAUGUCAAGUUUCAUUGUGUUCUAUCAAUAAUUCACUUCUAAAACACCAUAACAACGACUUGGCUCUGAUACCAAUUGAAUUGAAAGCUAAACUAGAGUAUAAGAUGCAAUACUCAAAAUCUAAUAUAUCAUGAAAGAUCGAAGGUAUGAAGUACCUUGAUGAACAAAUCAUACUUUCGAUGAAUAAGACAAUGUAUGUAGGAAAUAAGCAAUGUAUAAUAAGGACACAGAGAUUUACGAGGUUCUCCUAGCGUAGGCUAUGUCCUCGGAGGCGUGUAAUAUUUUGAUUGUACUAUAACAACGGAGUUCAAAAAGCUCUUAAUACAAUAGAAAGUUAAAAUAGAGAAUAGGAGAAGAUUAAGUCUAUGUGUUUAAUUAGGCUUAGGGGUUACUUUUUUGUAUAAUUACAAUGAGCAUAUGAGCUCUCUAUUUAUAGACUAAUUUACAUAAAUGAGUAUGCAAUUCUUAAAGCUAUGAAUAAAUAAGACAUAACAACUCCAAGAAUGUCAAUCGACCAAAAACAAUAUCACAUGCGCUCUGUUGGUGUGGCUCACAGCUUAUGAUCUCCAUGGUUGUUUGAGCCAUGUUCUACUC